AUGUUGCGCUUUCUUAGCCGACGUAAGGGGCGCAGUGCGGCCGCCGAUACGGUCGAUAGCCAGAUCAAGUCCCAGCGCAUCCCGACCAACAAGAAUUUGAUCCCGUGCCGCGUGAUACUGCUGGACAACACGGACCUUCCGGUUGAUCUUACGAAAAAGGCGAUGGCCAGCGAUCUGUACGAGCAGGUUUUCUAUUCUCUCGAUCUGAUCGAGAAAGAUUACUUCGGAUUACAGUUUACCGAUGCGAACAACGUGAAGCACUGGUUGGAUCCGACCAAGGCGAUAAAGAAGCAGGUGAAAAUUGGUCCCCCAUACACAUUACGCUUGAAGGUUAAAUUCUACUCAUCGGAACCGAACACAUUGCGCGAAGAGCUUACGCGCUAUCAGUUUUUCCUGCAACUGAAGCAGGAUUUGCUUGACGGCAGAUUAGAAUGUCCCGAUCCGCAGGCAUCCGAGCUGGCCGCCUUGGCUUUACAAUCGGAACUGGGCGAUUUCGAGGAGACCGUACAUUCGGCGGCCACCGUGUCCGAGUUUCGGUUUGUGCCGAAUCAAACCGAGGAGCUAGAGAUCAUGAUACUGGAGGAGUACAAGAAAUGCCGCGGUCUAACGCCCGCCCAGGCGGAAACGAGUUUCCUUAACAAAGUCAAAUGGUUGGAUAUGUACGGUGUCGAUAUGCAUACCGUUUUGGGUAAAGACGGUUGCGAGUAUCAUCUCGGUUUAACGCCGACCGGAAUCCUCGUGUUCGAGGGCAUUCAGAAGAUCGGUCUAUUCUUUUGGCCAAAAAUUGGAAAGCUAGACUUCAAGAAGAAAAAGCUCACGCUGGUGGUUGUGGAAGAUGACGAUCAUGGACGAGAGCAGGAGCACACGUUCGUGUUUCGGCUGCACAACGAGAAAGCCUGCAAGCAUCUGUGGAAGUGUGCGGUCGAGCAUCAUGCGUUCUUCCGGUUACGGGCACCGGUAAAGGGUCCGUCCGCGCGGCAGAACUUUUUUCGAAUGGGAUCACGGUUCCGGUACUCGGGCAAGACGGAGUUUCAGACCACGCAGCAAAACCGUGCCCGGCGGACGGUGCAGUUUGAGAGGCGGCCCUCGCAACGCUUCGCCCGCCGUCAGUCGCACGUGCUCCGUGAGCGCCAAAAGCAGCAAGCACCGCCAUCAUCGUCCACCGCAGAUCUGCUGCACCAGCAGCAACAGCCUGCCGCACAUUCGGUCAACAUCGCCACCACCGCCAGCUGUUCUUCGGCCGAUGAGGGCCAGCAUUCCACCUCCGGCACAUCGACCCCAUCCGCGAACACGGUGAUACACAACCAUAUGCCUGGGUCGGGUAGCAGUACCUCGGACAUUGCACUCGGCGGUGGUGGCUUGCUAGCGGCGACCAACGCAGGAGGUGCAGGCCUGUUGUCGGUUGGGCUGAUGAAUGGCAAUCUGCCCUCGCUGAGUUCGAACAAGUCUAUCUCGUCGAGUGAAGAUGUGGCUUAUGGUAGCAAGCUCGGUUCCUUUGGUAAGGCGGGUCUUUCGCACAUGUCCGCCAGCAGCAGAUAUGAUGAAUCGGGAAAACUGCCCACGGUCGAGCAUGAAAUGAGCACGUUUGGCCGGUUUGCCGGUGCUAACCAUCACGGUGGUUCGUUCGGCAAGGCAUCGAUAAGCUCCGGGUUUAGCAUUCACACUACGGCAUCCUCCGAUCGGGAUAGUCAAAUAGAUACACUGCUGAAAACGAUCGCCAAGGAUCCAUCGCCCUCGUUGCAUGGAGUGGAGCUAAACGAUGCUAGUAGCUUUAAGAUCACAAUCAACAAGACUUCCGAACUAGAGACUAACAACGAUACGCUAAAGAAGCUGGCCACGUCACCGCACGCGGAAAAGCCGAACAAUCAGAUCAAACUGUCGAACAGUGCGGCGGCUGCUGCCGGUGGUGGCGUACCAUUGCCGCCCGGUCAAAUCAAGUGCAAUAUUUUGAAAGCACGCGUUGAGGAAGAAUUGCAUCCGAAGCUUACUAAUCAUCAACUAUACGUGCCGAGCCAGCCACUACACGACGGUCCGGAGUCUCUGAAUGCGGCAACAUUCGUAUCGGUGGGUGGCGACAAGCUAACAUUAAAUCUAACCGGUACGACGACUAUACCUACGAGUGGUAGUAGCCAUACUACGAUUACGACCAUGAUUGCCUCACCGAGCGCAUCCACUCGUACGGCCACAACGCCAACUGGAGGUCCGGCCAGCAGUAGCUGCUUCCUGCCGGGACCACCGAUAACGACCGUUUCCACCACUUCCGGCGGUGGAGCAGGCCAGAUGAGCACGGUCGAAUCACCUACGCUACCGUUUACCAACGGUAUUGCGGCUCUACCCGCACCAUCUCUCACAACUGAUACCGUUACAGUCACGCACUUCUCCGAACAGAAGGGUGGCGUUGUGGAGAAAAUCAGUGUACCUACCAAUUCGCCUACAUCGUCCCCUUUGAGUGGUUCAUUGGUUACAGUCGAUACGAACGGCGGCACCGUUGCAGCAACAGCAGCAGCACCUGAAUCGGAUCUCGACAAAACGUUGCUCACUCCGCUGCGCAACAAUGCGAACAAUCCGUUCUUGAAUAUGUCUAAUCCUUCGUCACCGGUGCACACUAAAUCGACCAACCCGUUCCAUAACCUUUCCGGCGCAUCCUCUUCCCCUCCACCUGCUGCUGGGCAGGUAGAGGACGAGCAGAAUCCGCUGGCCGAUACGACGUCGGAUACCGGAGGAGAAAAGAUAACAUCCGCCCUUGUAAGCGAGUUUAAGAAUAGUAAUCCUUUCAAGAUGGAAUCGGAAUCCGAACUGCUAGUUGGCGAAACAAAAAAUGUAACGAUACAUCAUACGCCUUAUGGAACAUCGACGAGCAAUGGCGAAAUACGCCAAGGACCGGUCGUUUCAGCUGCAUCAACAACAAAAUCGACUUUAGAGCGAGAUGUGAUUGAUAGCAAUGGUGUGGCAACAACCACGUCCACUGUCUUGUCCAGUGCAACUGCAAGUACCGCAACUUUAAAGGAUCGAAUGAAGGAAAACAACAAACCAUCGCCAGUGGACAUAUCGCCAUGGUUAGUAUCGUCCGAUGUGGUCACUGGUCCGACCAAACCCAAGGAGGCAACGAUUAUUCGCAAAUCGGUCAUUACAACGCAGUUGUAA